AUGCGUAUAGCACUUAAAACCAAGAAGAAACUUGGGUUUGUGAAUGGAACCUUACCUAUGCCUCAGCCAACAGAUCCAGAUUAUGAAAUCUGGGAUCAGAGUAACACCAACGUGAUGGGUUGGAUCUUGAACUCCUUAGCAGAUCCUAUUGCUGAAGCAGUCAUGGAUAAUGAGACUGCGUUGGAUCUCUGGAAAGAUUUACAAGAAAGGUAUGGAGAAGCUGACUCAGUCAGAUUGGCUCAUGUUAGAGGAAUGAUAGCCUCUUGCAAACAAAACAACAGCUCUGUCACAGAAUACUACAACAUAUUGGGUGUUCUGUGGGCAGAAUUCAUGUCAUUUAAGUCAAUUCCUGCUUGUGAAUGUGCAAAUACACCUCAUACCAUGAACUGUGUUACAUAUGCUGCAGUCAAGGGUUCACAAGAGCAAGAUCAUACCAUUGAUUUCAUCAUAGGUUUGAAUGAUAAUUUUGAAAUGACUAAGAAUCAGUUACUGAUGAUGGAUCCUGCACCAAAUCUUAAGUCAGCAUACAAGUAUGCACUGAAAUUAGAAAGACAGAUGAGUAAGCAACCUGCAAAAGAAGCAACUGGUGUGGACUCAGUUGCACUAGCUGCUGCAAAUCAAGCAAAGGGACGAGAACUGUGGCGAUGA